CUCAAUCCUCCUCCAACAGAAAUACAACCACUUCUCAUAGCAUGGAAGAUCAAAGAAAGAGAUGAAACAACUCUAGCCAUCCCUCAAGGAUUAUUUCCCUUAACCAUUGUACACCUUUUGGAGAAAAAAGAUAAUAUAGGCUUCAGUCCAGUAGACAAAGAAUAUUACAGAUGUAACAAUGCAAUGUCACUUCGUGUUUUUGAAGAAUACCACAUUGAUAUCAUCAAUCGCUAUACUCAUCUUGAAAUACGUGUUCGUGAUCACUGGAGGGACAUUUGUCCACAAAUUCGUGAAUUAGUCUCAGAAGCUGUCGUAGAUAGCUGUAAAGAUCUCAGACUUAAAGAAGAUAAUAAGUUUGUUUUUGCUUUCAAAUGUCCCCCCAGAAACACUUGCAUUGUUAAGGAAGAUAAAUGUUCUACCUGGUGUACACAAUGUUCACAACAAUGUAAAGUACUAAAAGGUGCUGACGAUAGCUAUAAAUGUUGGUUUAGUGAUUGUCAAUCAUCCAAUCCAGGAGCUGCUGAGACUGGCAUGAUAAGAAAAAGAACACAUAGUAUGAAAGGAGCUGAAUCAUCAUUAGAAGGUCCACCUACUAAGAGACACAAAGGGCAGUUAGAUACCAAGAGUCUUCUUGAAAUAAUUAAAUUACUGAAAAAGCAUGGAUAUUCUGGCUCUGGUGACAGUUAUUAUGAUCUUGGUCUUUAUCUGGGACUGUACUCUCAUACACUUGAUGUUAUUAAAGAUAAUAACAAAGGAAAUGUUCAUAGCUGCCUAAGAGAAUGCUUGAAAGCAUGGCUGCAACAAGCUGAUGAUGUAAAGAGUAAAGGUGGUCCAACUUAUGAUACAUUGAUACAAGCAUUGAGGGAGAUAGGAGAGAAUGCUGUAGCUGAUGGGAUUGAUAGAGAUAUCAAUAGUAAAGAAUGAGUUUACUAAUAAUGAUCAUUUUUUACAUUUUAUCAUAGCAAAUUAAAGAAUGAGAUGGUUUCACUUCUUUAGGAUUAAAUGCACACAAUAUUAUAUACACAAACAAUU